AUGUACAUAAACACAGACACAUGUACACACAGACACCUGUACGUACAGAUACACACAUGUACAUAAACACAGACACAUGUACAUGCAUACACACACAAACACACACACAUGUACACACACACACAUACACACACCCCCCCCCCCCAUAAAAAGUUGCAGUACCUUGUUGUUCACUCACAGAGCCGGGUACUGCACUCUAGGGGGAGGCAGAGAGCACAGCACACACUCCUUCCUUUGCUUUCACUGCGCUCAGCUAUUGAGCAGUCUGACGGCUCCCAGUGCCAAUGACAGA